AUGGAUUCUCACUUGAAGUCUCGACCACAGUCCGGCGCCAAAUCUUCAGCAUAUAUUGCAGCAGAGACGAACGACCCUGAAGAAUGGGCGCACUCUACUAGUUUGCUGACGCUAGUGAACCAAGUCAGCGCAGAGUUGGCCGAGUUGGUGGAGAAGCAGGCGGAGAUGAUGGGGUCAGAGCAUACCUGUUGCGAAAGCCCCAAAGACCAGAACGACGAAGCGGCUGGCCAUGCUGAAGUACCUCUCAAACGAAAUGCCGUGGCAGACAUCGUGAACGUUAGACGACAAGACAGCACACCUCACGUUCGCCAGGCUGGCGGUGGCUCGCCCGUGGCGAUCCGUCAAGAACUCUGCCUAUAUCCCCUCUCGCUAAUCUUGGUUGUUGCUGCGUUUAUGGUGGCGCUGUUGUUCUUCGCACCGAAACCGAAGCCGCGGGCACUUGAGGACAAGACACCGGAAACCUGCAGUUCGCCGAACUGCCUACGAGACACCGUCUACUUGAACGAACUGCUCAACUGGAAUUUCGACCCGUGCGAGAACUUCUACAUGUUCGUCUGCAGCCGCUGGAGGAACCAGUUUCCUGCCGCAGACCUGCGUGUUUCCGCAGACGAUGACUAUGCCAGCAGCUUGGAGGGCCAGAUUCGCUCGCUCCUCGAAGACGAGCCAAUAGGUUCUUACGCUGCCAUCGGCCCUCUACAAGAUCUCUAUAACAAAUGCGCCAACGCCAAGCUGAUUGAGGAUUUCGGUUGGGACGGCCUUCUAGAAUUCAUGUCCGAAUUGUACCUCGACGGCUUCCCGCUGACACCGCCCGUCCGAAGCAGCGUUUCCGUCUGGAAGAUAGCGGCCAGGCUUCUGAGGAAGACUGGUGCGGCCACACUGAUCGGUGUAGGCGUAGCUUCCCAUCCAAACGUUACGACGAAGGAUGUGAUCUCCGUCGGAACGCCAGAGACGUUCACCGCGCUCGACGGCAUUGAUAUCAACGACGCCAUCCGCCUCUACACGUCGGUCGUCUUUGCAGCCUUCAAGGCGCUACGCAAAGAUUUCAUCCCGCCAGUGCACACGCUGAAUGUCAUUAAGUUCGCGAGCGAAGUCGAGAAGCUUUCCUUGCAGUUUAGCAACAGCGACGCCAGAAUCGAAGCGCUCGUCAAUGCAUCGGCACUCCAGGUGUUCCUGGCCGAGCUGUUCGACGGCGUCUCCGGAGCUGGCUGCACAGCGCCCGGUUGCGAGGUCUUGAGUCGGUCGCCCGAAUUCCUCGCCAAGCUCGGGGCGCUCGUGCAGGAGACCGAUCUUCACACAGUGAUGAACUUCCUCGGCGUCCGGCUAAUGGUCCAAGUGGCUCCAUUCAUCCCGCAGUCCGGACUGGUCGACGCCUACGCUACCCUGCUGUACGGCAAAUGGCGGCAAGCCGAUCUGCGCUGGAAGCUGUGCGUACGCGUCGCGGAGAAGGCGAUGCCGCCGCUCUUUCAUCGGGUCUCUCUCGAGAAGCUCACGGCGCAGGCCCCCGCGGAGCAGUUCACGGGACUCGUGAAGGACAUCGUCACGGAGUUUCUGAGCAGCGUGAGCACCGCCCCGUACCUCGACGGAGUUGCGAGAGGGGCCAUUCGAAAGAUCGUCUCCACGACGCGCUUCGAGACCCUGGCCCCUGCCUGGAUCUUCAACAAGACUCUUGUCGGUGAAUAUGCGCAGCGGAUUCCUCCCACUGCCAGCGAGAGGCCCCUGCAGUCGUACGCCGCAGUCCACGAGUACAGCUUCGUAUCGGCGUUGACACGCCACACCGACGAACGCUGGGCCCGCUCCACCUUCACCACAAACUGCUGGUACGAGCGCGGGCCGAGAAGCAUCUACAUCCCCGUGCUUCUUUUCAACCUGACUCUCCUGUUCGACAACAGCGUCUACAACUUCGAACUGUCCCGCGCCGGCGUCCGCAUCAGCCACUGCCUGCUGGACAUGCUCUUCGCGGAGGCCAAUUCGACAGACCCGGAGGAGCGUUGGCUCAACCAGGCGACCGUGGCAAAGAUCGCGGAGGCGCAGCGCUGCUUCGGCAGGGACCACGGACCGAGGCAGAUGCGCGACGCCAUGGCCUUACGAUUCGCCUACGGCCAUUUCGUGAGAACGCUGACACCUCGAGGAAGGGCCAUGAGCUUUCAUCUCGGUCCGCGGCAGAACAUCAGCGCCUCGCAAAUGUUUUUCGUCUACCUCAUGCUGCAGUCCUGCGAGAAAAAGACUUCGAGGGACGAGGCAUCGCCGGAGUCUGGUGUCUCGUGGAACGCGGCGCUUCGAUACCAGGGCGCAUUUCCCGAGGAGUUCGGCUGUCCGUUGGGCAGUGCGAUGAACUCUGACAAACGCUGCAAUAUUUGA